AAAUGUCCUCGUAAAGUGCGCAACUGCAAAUUAUUUGUUGAUGUUUGUCGUCAAGAAUUAUUACAUGACUCAGGUGGGGAAUCAUAAAAAAAUAUAUCAGUUCUGUGAACAUACAGAUUGACAUUGUCAGUACGUUUUCACUAUUCGAACUUGAUCAUUUUAUCUUUUAAAUUGAUCAAGAUAAACCAUUGAAAAUUUACAACUUUAACAGAUGAAAUAAAAUUUUAAAAACCAAAAAUUUUAAGACAAAACAAAAUUAAAAAUUUUAAUGACAAUUUAGCUUGUGUUUAUGAGAAAUAUUUAACAUUGUUUUUUAAAUUUAAAAAUACAAAAAGAUGCCACUUUGGAGAAAGCUUGCAAUCACUGGUGGUGCUAUGAUGACAUUUGGUAUUUUAAUUGGUUUUAUUAUAUUUCCACCGUUUUUAAAAAGUCAAGUUAAAAAGCAAAUUGCAUUGAAACCAGGAGCAGACAUGCGAUUCAUGUGGUCACAAACACCAUUUCCAUUGGAUUUUAGAAUUUAUUUAUUUAACAUAACAAAUGCUGAUGAAAUUAAAAAUGGUGCUAAGCCAAUUGUUCAGGAAGUUGGUCCAUUUUUUUACGAUGAAUGGAAAGAAAAAGUUGAUUUGGUAGAUCGUGAAGAGGAUGAUACUGUUGAGUACAACAACAAAGCAACAUGGAUAUUUAAUAAAAAAAAAAGUGGCAAGGGUUUACAUGAAGAUCUUGAGCUUGUAUUUCCUCAUGUCAUGAUACUCAGUAUGGUUUAUGCAACAAUGAGAGAAAGACCAGGAAUGGUCAGCCUUGCUGGUAAAGCUGUUGAUAGUAUUUUUCACAAACCAAGUUCAGUAUUUGUAAAAGCAACAGUACGUGAAAUUCUUUGGACAGGAUUACCAGUUGAUUGUAGUGUUCAAGAUUUUGCUGGAAAAGCUGUUUGUGGAAUAUUGCGAGAAGAUGACAGUGCUCUUUUAAAAGACGGCGAAGAAAAUUACAAAUUUGCACUAUUUGGUGCUAAAAAUGGAACAGUUGCUCCUGAUAGAAUAAGAGUCAAACGAGGAAUAAAAAAUUAUGCUGAUGUUGGAAUUGUAACUGAAUAUAAAGGUGAAAAAAAAUUAACAAAUUGGCCAGAAGAUACUGAUUGUAAUUUAUUCAAUGGAACUGAUUCAACAAUAUUUCAUCCAUAUCUUUAUCAAGAUGAAGAUCUCGUUUCAUAUUCACCAGAUUUAUGCAGAAGUUUGGGUGCAAGAUUUUCACAUCGUUCAAGUGUCAAAGGUAUAAAAACAAAUUAUUAUACUGCUGAACUUGGUGAUACAAGUAAAGAUCCAGAAUUAAAAUGUUUUUGUGAAGCACCAGAUAAAUGUUUAAAAAAAGGAUUAUUUGAUUUAUUUAAAUGUGUCAAAGCUCCACUAGUUGCAAGCCUUCCACAUCUUUAUCUUGUCGAUGAAUCUUAUCUUGAACAAGUAGAUGGUUUGAAUCCCAAAGAGGAUCAACAUGGAAUAUUCAUUGAAUUUGAACCAACAACUGGAUCACCAAUUAGUGCUAGAAAAAGAUUACAAUUUAACAUGUUUAUUUAUCCAAUUGAAAAAUUUAAACUUUUAAAAAAUGGACCAACUGCAUUGUUGCCAUUAUUUUGGGUUGAAGAGGGUAUUUUAUUGGGUGAUGAUCUCAUUAGUCAAUUGAAAUCUGUUUUUAAAAUUAUGAAAAUAAUGAAAAUUUUAAAAUGGCUCACUUCGAUACUUGGCAUUGCAUUUUUAGCUGGUGGUUUGUAUUACAGAGCAUCACAAUCAUCACAAAAACUUGAAAUAUCAAAAAUAUCACCAAAAAUGAAUGGCCAUAAAGAUUGGUCACUUGAUGUUAAUUCACUUCAAUCAAAUACUGUACCAUCAGCUCUUGAAGGAUAAUUUUUAUUUUAUAUUUUUCCUCAAUUUUAAAUGUCUAAUAAUUAAUUUAUUUUAAUAAAAAAAUUAUCUGCCUACGUAAUUCAAUUAAAUAAAUAAUUAUUAUAUCAAAUUUACUAAUCAAAAAAAAAAAAAAUUUAAAGAGCUCGUUACUGUGAUUGUAUUUUGUUAGCACUCUUGUAAUAAUUUUUCUAAAAUUUAAUUAUAAAAUUAAAAAAAUAUUAAUUAUUUAAUAUAUUUAUUAAGAUAUAAUUAAAAAUGACAUUUUCAUGAUAAUUUUGUACAUAACACAAUUAAUUUUAUCUAUUGUAAUAUUUUUUUUUUUUUUUUUUUUUUAACAUCACUUUGUAUUUACAAAUUGUUAAAUUGAUAUAAUUUAUAUUUUAAGUACAAAAUUAAUAAUACAUAAUAAACAGUAAAAAAACGAAAAUUAUAAACUACAUAAAAAAAUUAAUAUUAAAUAAAAAAAAAUUGUUUAAAUUAAUUUGUAAAUGAAUUUUAAAAUAAAUUUUUUGAAAAA